AGGGAGAAGAGUCUCGUUUUGACAUUAAAGCCACGGGGAACUUAGGAGACUAUAUGGCCUAGCGCAGUCAUGUUUCACCCUAUUUGUGGAAGCCCGAUUCAAACCUUGCUAUUAUUCGAGCAGGUGACACAUAGGACAGAGUUCAUUAUACCUGACUUCUACAACGAAUGCCGCUAUCCCAUGCGACUAAACCCUCACUGUGAUCCGGUAUCUUACGCUUCUGCACAAUGGCUUUCCUUGCGCCCUGGCUACUUCGCUUCAUCUUGUUACCCUGAUGCGGAUGCUUUCCAUCUCAAAGUCUGCGCGGACUUUCUGGGCUGGUCGUUCAAAAUGGACGACUGGCUCGAGAUCGAUAGGUCCGAUGUUAAUGAUGCGUGGGGAGUACGUGACUGCUGUAUAUCUGCGUACCGCGAUCCCGUCAACUUCCAGACGGAAAGAUAUAGUGCAAAGAUGUGCAAAUCGUACUUCGGUCGCUUUAAGGAGACUGGCGGCCCUGGCUGCACAGAGCGCUUUAUCCAUGCAAUGGAUUUGUGGUUCAUCUCUGCAGCAAAGGAGGUGGACAACCGCGCCAAGGGACAUGUCGAUGAUGUUGAAUCGUACAUUGAACUGAGGCGCGACUUGAGCGGCUGCAAGUCUUGCUUUGCCCUUAUCGAAUUCGUCAAUCGGAUUGAUCUUCCUGAUGAAGUAGUCUCGCAUCCGGUCAUCAUGGCCCUGGAGGAGGCUACCAAUGACUUUGUUUCUUGGUCAAACGACAUUUUCUCCUAUAAUAUGGAGCAAUCUCACCAUAGCACACAUAAUUUAGUUGCUGUGCUCAUGAUUGAUCAAGGUCUCAGCCUGCAAGAUGCUGUUGACUACUGCGGCCGGUUGUGCAAUAUCUCCCUCCAACGCUUUGAAGAAAACCGUGCUAUCCUCCCCUCGUGGGGAGAAGAAGUCGACAGGCAGGUGGCACUCUACGUCGAGGGACUGCAGAACUGGAUUACCGGUCCGCUCCAAUGGUCCUUUGUGACCGCCCGCUAUUUCGGGAAGGAUGCGCAUAUUGUCAAGCAGGACAGAACCAUCAAGCUAAUGCCCAAGCGGCCCUUGUGAAAUCCGCAGCUAUUGCUCUAUAAAGCUGCAUCAAUAUCUAUAUCUUGCUAUGUGUGAAGCUACAUUUUUGACCGUAUCAUGUUUGGCCUUCUUACUCAGAACGUUUUUGACUUUCGCUGUUGUGUGUGAUAGUACUAGUCUCCCCCGGUCAGACUAUAAUGAAAGGAAGACAGUCGUUCAUUCCAAGUUCAUUCUAUAUAGAAUUGUACACUUGCGAGCAUGUACCAUUCUUAUACAAGUCUUGGAAACGAUGUACAUAUGUACCAUUUACAUUUGGAGUGCAAAUAUUUAUUUUAG